AUGAGUAUAGAUCAUUCCGACGACUACGGUCCGUCGUACGGACGCGGCUACGGCCCGCCGCCUCCGCAGAAUCAAGGCGCAUUCUACGGCGCCAGACCCGGCCAUCAACCCGGCGGCUACGCUCAGAGCCACGUCGGCUUCAUGCCAAGCCACUACGGCGGCCAGAUGGUUCCCUAUAACGACUACCGGAACCCCUUCACGCCAAUCGGUGGACAUGCCGCCAACCCCUUUGGCAAUGACCCGCGUAGUUCCUACGACAUGAUGCCUUACCACCAAGGAGCUUCCGCGCCCGCCUACUACGGCGCCGGGGGCCCGGGGUACGGUAUUCCUCCGCAUCUGCAAUCGUACAUGUACAAUGCUCCGCCGCCGCCGCCAACAGAAGUCGCCGCAACGAAACCUCCCACGCCGGCACCCCCGCCGGCCGAGAAGAAACCAGACCCAGAGGUCGAGGCAUUGAAGGCGCAACUCGCAAAGUUCCAAGAAAACGAAAAGAAAAAGGCAGAGGCCGAGAGGCUAGCAGAGCUGAAGGCGAAUAUGCAGCGGGAGGCUGAAGAGGCUCUCCAGAGGCGGAUGGAGGAGAUGCGGAGAGCCCAGGAAGAGGCAAAGAAGGAGAUUGAACGAGCAAGGAUUGAGGCCGAGAAGUUGGCUCGCGAGAAGUUAGAAGCCGAGAAGAAGGCCGAGGAGGAAAGGAAGCGGCAGCAGGAGGAAGCAAUGAAGCGCAUCGAACGGGAGGCCCGCGAGAAGCUUGCGGCAGAGCUGAAGGCAGCCGAGGAGCGGAAGAAGCGAGAAGAAGAAGCGGCCGCCUUGGCCGAGGCGCAAGCCAAGGCCCGGAUCGAGCUGGCCAUCCGGGAAGAGCAGGAAAGAAUUCACGCCCGGAUCAAAGCGGAAGAGGAGGCAAAGGCUGCCGCCGCAAAGAAAGCGGCCGAGGAGGCCGAGCGGCUGAAGAAGAUCGAGGAGGAUGCCAAGAAGGCACUGGAAGCAGCCAUCAAAGAGCAAGAGGCGAAGCUGGCUGCGGCUGUCCAAGCUGAGCGUGAAAAGAUCGAAGCCCAAAAGAAGGCCGAAGCGGAAGCUGCCGAAGCUGCCGCGAAGAAGAAAGCCGAAGAAGAGGCAUGGCGGAAGCAGCUCGAGGCGGAAGCCAAGCUCAAGGCUGAGGUUGAAGCCAGGCAGAAGCUCGAGGCGGAGCGCAUGGCGGCAGAGGCAGCCAAGAUAGCCGAGGAGGAGAAAAUGAAGGAAGAAAAGGCGAUGAAGGAAAAGGCCCUGGAAGAGGCCAAGAAGAACCUAGAGGAGGCUUCCAAAAAGCAGGAGAAGCUGCCCAUCAAGUUCAAGGACGCCGUUGGCCGCAAGUUCAGCUUCCCCUUCCAUUUGUGCCAGACAUGGCAGGGCAUGGAGGAGCUCAUCAAGCAAGCCUUCCUACACGUCGAUGUCAUUGGCCCCCAUGUCCAAGAAGGACACUACGACCUGAUCGGCCCCAACGGCGAGAUCAUUCUCCCCACCGUCUGGGAGAAGGUCGUUCAGCCCGACUGGGCCAUCACAAUGCACAUGUGGCCCAUGGACAAGGCGCCGCUUCGCCACCACCACCAGCAGAUACCUCCGGGUGGGAUGCCACCAGGCGGUAUCCCACGCCCUCCAAACGGCCACCACCAUCCACACCAACGCCCAGGCGCCGGCAUGGCGGGUGCCUUCAUGCGGCCCCCAAGCGCUCGCCCAGGCGGCAGCGGCGGCAUAAAUAUUCCUCCUCCCCCGCCGGGCUGGGGCAGUGGUAUGCCGCCCGGCGGGGGCGGGCGGUCGGGCCUCGCAGCCCAGGUUGUGACCGUCGAGCCGGGCAAGCGGCCCAAAAAGGAGAAAGGCGGCGCCCCCUCGUCGGUGCUCGGCUGGAUGACUGGCGCCAAGCCCAAGAGCAGCAGCAAGAAGUAG